AUGUUGUCAAUUCUGCGGAAAGCGAGGCUCAAGGAUAAGGAGCUUCGCAUCCUAAUGCUUGGCCUCGACAACGCGGGCAAAACUACCAUUGUGAAGAAGAUUUUGGGCGAGGACGUUAGCAAGGUCAGCCCCACCCUUGGGUUCAACAUCAAGACCAUUGACUAUGAAGGGUACAAGCUCAACAUAUGGGAUGUUGGUGGCCAAAAGACCCUGCGAUCAUACUGGCGCAAUUAUUUUGAAAAGACGGACGCCUUGAUUUGGGUGGUUGAUGGAACGGACAGACUCCGUAUCGACGACUGCCGGGAAGAAUUGCAUAAUCUUCUUCAGGAAGAGCGACUCUCAGGGGCUAGUCUGUUGGUCUUUGCAAACAAAACCGAUGUUAGGGGGUGUAUGACGGCAGAGGAGAUUUUGCAGAUGCCGGCGGAGGGCGGCUUUGACGUUGGCUUGAGCACCUGGAGAGCUGCGCAAAGACACAGUCUAGACCACGCCAAGCUGUCCAUGUCUGACGAGGUGUCUGACUUUUUGCGCACCGUCGAGCGUCUGAAGGAGCGUCGCGAGGAGGAGGACGAAGCUCGGUCGCGCGAGCUAGAAGAAAGGAUCUUGCAGGAAAAGAAAGAACGUCAGGCCCGACGCGCAGAGCGCGCAAGAUCAAUUUCACCACAGAAGUCGUCCCCCGCCGCCACUCCCUCACCGACUACUCACCGCAUCGGUAUCUUUCCCUCGGCCUCGGACGGCACAAGUUUGGCUUCUCCUGGCCUCGAGAGCUCAGGAAGCCCUGGGCAACGCUCUGUACCAUCUGCUGAGCCUAUGGACGGCACAACCGACUAUUCAUACUCGAGCUCCCCGACCAAAGAGAACGAGUCGCCCCUUGACUCGGACACCAAGCGGAACAGCGUGACCGUCACAUCACCUUCAAUCGCCGUUCCCUCUGCACGAACGACUCUCGCCUGGCAGCGACGUCCUACGUCUCAGUCGUCCGACCGGCCGAAGAGCCGACCUUUGUCUAUGGUUGCGGCAGAGAACUCGGCUCGCAAUUCCAACCCUGCUACCGAGUCCACCAUCGCACCCGACCAGCCCAUGUCGCGCGAUCAGAUUGCCCAAGCGCUGGCCAGCAAGGACCCAUCAUGGUUCCGCCAAACGGCCGACCCAAGUCGCGGCUCUGCGGCCUUCAGAAAGAACCAAGUGGAAGACGAGAACACGGUCGAGCUGCCCUCUGCGCGCACCCAGCUCCCUGGUCUUGCGCGCGAUGUCUUCACCGAGCCCUCCAAAGAGAAUCAGGUACCGCGACCUGGUACUCCAGCUACUCCCGGCAAGCCUGCGUCACCGCUUCCUCUCGGUCUUGCCCAGCGCCUGGAUCCCCCGACCGGGGAUGCUUUCGGAGACGCAGACACGCCGUCUGCUAACCGCCUGUCUACGGCCUCGACCCCCAGUCGGACAUCACCCACAAGAACCUCUCCCACUAAAGGGUUAGGCGGCUUUGUCGAGAGCGCCAUGAUGAAGCGCGCCGACAGCGUCAAGAGAUGGAGCGUCAACUCUCCUGCUGGUCUCCACCGCGCAGAUUCGUCUCGAUCCAGCAUAAGCGGAUUGGAUAACCUUCAACGGUCGUCCACGUCGAAGUCGCGACCAACAAGCAUGCUGAGAGAGAGAGACUCUGCUGAAGGCAAGGAAGAGGGCAAGGAAGAUGGCCUAUCUGCCACGGGAGAAUCAGGCAUUCAAAAGGAAGGGCAACAUAAAGAAGAGACCAAGAAGGAAACUCCGCCAACAAGCCCGUCCAAGACGAUGGACCCUCGGAGAUGGAGUCCCAACAAGAAUAGUUGGCUCGAGGCUGCUUUGAACAAACCAGAGUCUCCCAAGACGAAGCCUGCACCAGCUACUCCGAGCCAACCGGCUUGGCUGGUCGAACUGAACAAAGCAAAGGCUCAAAAGGCGAAUGCCACGAGUUCUACGAACGCUCCGGCUACCGAAUCCACAGCCAACUCUGCCCUCCCAAAAAAACCUGAUGCUAAACCUGACGGACUUGUCAAGCCAAGUUCGCUCAUCGACAAGCCCGAGUUGGCCAGUUUCCGUGGCAGCCUAAGAAAGUCCUCUCCGUCGAACGAUGAUUCGCAAACUGGCAGCUCUGUCGAUGCUCCGACCUCCUCCAAAUCUGAAUACCGAUCAAGCGUCUUCAAGCCCCCCGUUCCCCUGCCAAGUCAGAAGACAACAGAUCCCAUCGACGAGCUCAAGAGCAUCGCCGGGAGCCUGCGGAGGACCAAGACCGAGAAGUACGUGCCACAGGACGAAUUCAAGGAGAGCCUCGUGAAGGGCAAGCUGGCCUUGAACGUCACGGGCGGUCCUAAGAAGAGUGAACGGGUCGACGAGCUCAAGGAGGCCAUUCUGAAGAAGAAAGAAGAGUUCAAGAAAGCCCAGCAAGAAGGCCGGGGCGUUAGCGUUGCGAAAGAACCGAGCUCUGCCAGCGACAACCCACUCCCCGAAGGCAUUGCGAAGAGGCUUGAACUGCAACGGACGGGAACCUUGAGGCACUCGCGCACUGGGUCUGAAGCUGUUGCCAGCCCUACCACUUCCACGAACUCAAACCGAUUCAGCUUCGUCUCCACAGCCCCGAAGGCUGAUACACCGGCUCCAUCUUCUGAGGCCAGCACUCAAAGACCUGGGCACAUCAGGACUAAGAGCAAUGUGGGAAGCUUAGCGGCCCGUUUUAACCCCGCGCUGGCCAGUCUCAUAGCAAGAGGCCCUCCGGGUGUAGCUGGUGCGGCUAAGGGCCCUGAGGGCUCUGGCAACAGCGGCUCGGCCGACCAGAUGGAAGCUCCUAGCGCUCCUGGGCCCCAGUUGACUCAUCUGACGAAAAACCGAGCCCGUGGUCCUAAGAGGAAGGCCCCGACUUCUGUCAUAAAGGCGAUGGAGCAGGCUGAGGCAAAGCCGCAGGAGAAGGCUGCCGAGCCGGAAAAGCCUGCGGCUUCUGCGAAGGCCACUAUCUCCCCUAAACCAGACCGUUUUACAUUCCCUAAGGCUGACCCCCUGACCGCGGAGAAACCAAAGACCGGAAGCGAUGUUAUCCCCCUGGUUGACUCGUCUAAGAAGUUUCCCAAGGAGGAACCAAAGCUUGGUGAGCCUGUUACGCUGGUUGGCGCUACUCCGACCAGGACUCGGUCCAAGUCCAUCCACGAGAAGAUUGCCUCCUUGACGGCUCUGAGCCAGCAGUCAUCCAAACCUGCUGAGUCUUCAAACGAUGCCCAGCGCUCUUGGGGUCGUUCGCGCUCACAGACCAAGGUCCAUGAGCAAGUUGCCGCUCUUGCAUCCCUCGGCCAGCAGAACUCGAAGCCUGCUGAGACGAACAGCGAUCUUCAGCACACUUCGUCGGUCAAGACCCGUCCGCGCUCCCAGACCAAAGUCCAAGAACAGGUAGCUGCUCUCGCGGCUUUGACCCAGAGCCAAACACAGAAACCUGCCGAGCCAAGUACGGACACCGCCCUCCAGCGUUCACCUACCAUCCGGUCACGCUCGCACUCGCGGUCGCCUACCAAGGUCAUUGAGCAAGCUGCAGCACUAGCAGCCCUCAACACCACGUCGUCGUCGUCGAAAUCCGCCGAGCCGAGCGCUGAAGCUUCAACGCCGCUCUCGCCGAAGAAACUAGACGUUAAGCGGAUGUCACAGUUCUUUGAUCAGCAGAGUCAAAUGAGUCCUAAACCCGAGCCGGAGCCGGUGAAGCCUAAGCCGGCCUCGCCGAUCAAGGACCGGUUUCCAAGCCAGUCCGAGAAGCCUGGUGAUGCUGAGACGGAGAGCAGGCCUCUCUUCCCGAUUAGGAGGAAGUCUGUUGCGGGGCAGGUCCUUUCGAGUCAGCCUACGGAGCAGAAGCUUGCGGAGGAUACCGAGGCCAAGCCUCAGUUCCAUAUUAGAAGGAAGUCUGUGGCAGGAAAUGUCCUUUCCAGUCAGCCGACGGAGCAGAAGCCUGCCACGGUUGAGGCGGAGAAGCCGGUCUUCCACAUUAGGAGAAAAUCCGUGGCCGCGCAGAGCCCGACUCGCGCUGUUUCUCCACCCAAGCCUACAGUUGAGGAUGCUCCGGAUGUCGAUGACCCUCCUGCUAAGGUGUCACGGCCGCUGCCCACACCUCCUCCGGUGAUUUCGCCCACUCUUACCUCCCCCAGAGUCGCGUCUCCGAUGCGCUCUCCUGGAAAGCAGCCGUCGGAGGUUGCCGCCAUGAUCGAGGCCUUCUUCGGCACUGAGCGCCCCAGGCGCAAGUAUACCGUCGACGCAGCGGAGGUCCUCAUCAAGCGGCCCAUCUCUAUUGCCCCUGUACACACGGAGAGUGUCCAAUUCCAGCGGUUGUUGUCCGAUGGCAAGAGGUUCUCCCCUCCCAGCCAUCACUCACGCACGCUGUUUGAGCACGAGAUGUACCUUUGCACGCACACCUUCGCCAACAAUGUCGGCGAGAGGCUUACCGAGGUAUACCUCUGGGUCGGCGACGGAGUCUCCAAUGAUGAUAUCAACGAGGGCAACAUGUAUGCCAUGCACCAUGCGCACAAACUGCGCGCAAACUAUGUCACCAUCCAUCAGGGCCACGAAACCUCCGAGUUCAUCCAAGCCCUAGGCGGCGUCGUCAUCACGCGUCGCGGGGACAGCAACAGAUACGACUCGCUGUUGCCGAGCAUGCUCUGCGGCCGGCGGUACAUGGGGCAGAUUGUCUUUGACGAGGUCGAUUUCUCGCCGCUUAGUCUCUGCUCUGGGUUCCCGUACCUGAUUACGCAGAACGGGAAGUGCUACUUGUGGAAGGGUAAGGGAAGCGACGUUGAGGAGCUCAGCUGUGCACGGCUCGUGGGUAUGGACCUGGCCGUGACAGGCGAGCUGAUUGAGGUCGAGGAGGGGAGCGAGAACGAGGGUUUCUGGGCGAUUUUUGGUGGGGCGACGAGGCUACCGUCGGCGGAUCACUGGCGGUUGAAGCCUAGCUAUGAGAGAUAUAAUAGCCGGCUGUUUGUUGCUAGCUCGGUGGAGAAGCAGCAGAUCAAGGAAAUCGCUCCCUUCCGGCAAACCGAUCUCUCCCAAGAAAACAUCUACGUCCUCGACGCCUUCUUCGAGCUUUACAUCAUCGUCGGCGCUCGCUCACAGCACCAGUACGUCGCCUUCCGCAACGCUCUUGACUUUGCGCAGGAGUAUGCCAUCCUCGCCGCCGGCAUGGAGGACCGUCCCUUCGUGCCUGUCUCCACGGUCGUGCUGGAGGGCAUCCCGCGCGAUUGCAAGAGCGUCUUCCGAAAGUGGGAGGAUAAGUAUUGCCCUACUAUAUUGAAUGCGCCCACGUCUCAGCCGGGGGCGUUGCAGCCGCAGAAGACGGGUGGGAAUGGGGGGUUGAAGAGAGCUAGGAGCUUGAGGACUGUGCCGUUGACACAGGCGCUGCAGGCGCUGGCCGAGUGA